AUGGCAGAAAUAUCGUGCUAUAUCACCACCUUCAACUGUGGCCGUACUCUGAUCAACACCGACUUCUUCGCCACGACCCUCUUCAAUGCCUUGAAAACUAAUCUUCCACCGGAUCUGAUAGUGUUAUGCCUGCAAGAGGUUGCUCCCAUAUCGCACAGCUUCCUUGGUGGCUCGUUAUUGACACCCUACUUUGAUCGUUUCGCUGAAGCAGUAUCUUUGGCUUCGUCUCGCAAGUUCGGCAACGAGAAUACCGAGACGGAAUAUGUGCCUCUACUCACGAGAAACGUGGGUAUGACUGCAAUCAUGGCUUUCGGACUGCAUCAUGUGGCUCAUCGAGUGAGGUGGUCUCAAACGGCAGGUGUGGGCGUGGGCGUAUAUGGCGAGAUGGGGAACAAGGGUGCUGUGGGUGUGAGACUGGGACUGGGGAUUGAUGGAGAGCAUGAGGACAUUAUCAUGACUUUUGUUGCGGCACAUUUGGCUCCUAUGGAAGAGGCCUGGCAGAGACGGAACGAGGAUUGGAAGUCUAUAUGUGAGGGUCUGUCAUUCGAAGCGCCACAUGCAUCUCCCGAACACGCAGAGCAGAAGAGGAGUCUUGGCUCCGGCGAGAAUGAGCCAUUGUUAGCAGGAUCAUCAGAUGGCACGACCGAGCAUGGCAAGAAAGCUGGCACUUUGUUCUCUCCACCAUCCCAUCUUUUCUUCGCAGGCGACCUCAAUUACCGCACGUCGGACACACGGCCGGAUGCCUCAGAAACCAAAACAUGGCCUCAGCCUGUAGAAAGUGCUGACGAUCCUCACCACUACAGCCACAUGCUCGGACACGAUCAAUUAACGCGUGAACUGAAGAAAGGCAAAACUCUUCACAACCUGGCCGAAGCACCCAUCAACUUCCCACCAACCUACAAACUCAGCUCCGGCGCACAAAAGAACGCCGUAGCCACAACGACAGAGCAGCAUAAACUCGCCGACGGCCGAACAGUCGAGCGGACAUCUCUCCAACCCUUGGCUGAGGCACAGGAUGCCUGGCUCUGGGCCCAACACCGUACACCAUCGUGGUGUGACCGGAUCCUAUUCCUCGAGACCGCGCAGCCAAAGAUACACGCAUACACGGCACUACCAAUCCAGCCGACUAGUGAUCAUAGACCUGUUGCAUUAUCUUGUACUGUGUCCGCCAAGCCUGUGACAGCUACGGUCGAGUCUACGCUCACGAUUCGAGACGAUUGGCGAGAACGUAGGGCAGCUGCCCGCCGGUACGAACUUGUUGUAGGACUUGCAGCCUACCUCGCAUUGACUUGGGAGGGCGAGGCGCUCGUAUUGGGUUCUGUGGUUGGCAUAGUUGGAGGCUACAUCUUGUUACGGGCGUUGAUCGCACCCUGA